GGAGGGUGGGCAAGAUGGCGCCCGGGGAGUGAUCGGCCCGGAUUUCUCCAGCGGUCGCUGAGGCACCAGGGCGAGGGGUUCUACCCACCGCUGCCGCCCUUCUUACUUUCCCCGCCCCCAGAGCUUCCUCCUUCCCUUCCUCCCUUUACCUUGGCGGGUGGGGGGGGAGGCAGACUUGGUUCCCGGGACACCAUGUCGGACUCUGAGGAGGAGAGCCAGGACAGGCAACUGAAAAUCGUCGUGCUGGGGGACGGCACCUCCGGGAAGACCUCCUUAGCUACCUAUUUUGCUCAAGAAACUUUUGGGAAACAGUACAAACAAACUGUAGGACUGGAUUUCUUUUUGAGAAGGAUAACAUUGCCAGGAAACUUGAAUGUUACUCUUCAAGUUUGGGAUAUAGGAGGGCAGACAAUAGGAGGCAAAAUGUUGGAUAACUAUAUCUAUGGAGCACAGGGAAUCCUCUUGGUCUAUGAUAUUACGAAUUAUCAGAGCUUCGAGAAUUUAGAAGACUGGUAUACUGUGGUGAAGAAAGUGAGUGAGGAGUCAGAAACUCAGCCACUGAUUGCUUUGGUGGGCAAUAAAAUUGAUUUGGAGCAUAUGCGAACAGUAAAACUUGAAAAACACUUACGGUUCUGCCAGGAAAAUGGUUUUAGUAGCCACUUUGUCUCAGCAAAGACUGGAGACUCUGUCUUCCUGUGUUUUCAGAAAGUUGCUGCUGAAAUCCUUGGAAUCAAGUUAAACAAAGCAGAAAUAGAACAGUCACAGAGGGUGGUGAAGGCAGAUAUUGUAAACUACAACCAGGAACCUAUGUCGAGAACUGUUAACCCUCCCAGGAGCUCCAUGUGUGCGGUUCAGUGAGCGCGCCGUUCUCUGGGAUCGGUCCCUCCGCCUGCCCCUCGCCUGUGUGGCCAGAGGCCGCUCGGAGCCGUUUUCUCAGUGACCAUCUCUGUAGCUCAGUUAGCACUUUCCUCCCGGCUCGCUUCAUCAUUAGGUGUUGCCUCUCGGCUGCUGGCAGCAGCUCCUUGGACUGGAAAGAACUCAGCUUCGGGACCACACACUUUGGUUCCAAAAUGGAAGGCCCAUUCUCUGGAAUUAGGCUGCUUCAUUGGAAAAGAAUAAUGUUGGUUCUCUUCCAUGUCCUCACUUCUUUUUUACCCAGAUGUCAGUUUUUUAAAACAUGGAAACUAUCCAAGUGUUGAUCAUCAGGCAGGAUUUUACCAGAGCAUAUUUUCAUUUUCUUAUCGGAACUUACACAUGGCAAAGUACGCUUCAGAGUACAAGCAUUUAAACAAGUAAUAUAUUUUUAUCUACAAAUACUAAAAAAGGCAAACCUUUUGCUAUCGAUAGUGAGUGAAAACAUAUAAAGCUGUAUCUAACUGGAAGUGCUUGAAAUAAAGCUGUAAUAGAAAUAUAUUUUUUUCAUUUUUUUACAAAGGACCUAAAUUGUUUAUAUUGUGUUGAUAGCUCACCAAGUGGUGAGUAUUUGAUACUGUAUUUUUAUCACUUAUCACGAUCAUUGUGUGUUGUGGAUGCUCGGGUGAGAGGGCCUCACCGGGUCUGUUAGUGUCCAGCUGGCGCUCCACAGGACUCGCUCCUGCGCCCCGUGCCACCCAGCGCCCUCGGGAGGGGGUGUGACUGUUGUUGGAUCAUUGUGGGUCGGACUUGUACCUGAUGUUCAGACGUUUUUCUUUUGCAAAUAAAAUUAUUU